AUGUUCUAUCAAUCAGUACUUGUGUUGGUCUCAUGUCUUCUGGGUAUAGUUCUCGUAGCUGCAUUUCCGAUAGAAAUUAAAAAUAUUGAAUACCUAUUCCCUCCGCAAAAUACAAUACUCUCCGGCGAUCAGCCAAAUCGCUAUGAGACGAAAAUUGAUCGGCAAGUGGGCGAUUCAGAGGAGGAGGAGAAAAUCCGAAAGGAUUGCAUUCGAAAACAAAACGCUGAUGCACCAGAAUCGACGUCCUCGGAAGACACGACAUCACCCCCAUUCGUGACUUCAGAUGACAACGGUGGAUCAUCGUUUAACGACACAACUCCCCUAAACGGGACGAUUGUAGACGAUCCAAUGGAAGUGAAAAUCUACCGGCCCGAGUGUGAUGAUUGA